GGUCGCAGAUUUUGUUGACGAAGUUAUGCGCGAGGACUUUAUUUGCGAAAUUGAGCAAGUUAUGAAACACAUAGGCAAAACAGUUAGUAUCUCAAACGUCUCGUUAAAAUCCAUAUACAAAGAGGCAGUAACGCAAAAAUCCAGACAAAUCAUACUAGAAAAAUUCUUCAGACGUGUAUUUUCGGAGAAUACAGCAAUUGGCGAUGAGCAAGACAAACUGGCGGAUGAAGUUGAUUGUGAACUAAACAGAGUUGAGUUUGCAGAGGCGCUGGCACUUACACCCGGAUCACUUUUCGUAGAGCAGUUAUUCUCGAUUGUGGAUAAUGACGACAGUGGCUAUGUUUCAUUCAGGGAACUGUCGUAUGCCUUGGUUCUCUUUUCGGAAGGUAAAGAUACAUGUACAUCUAUGUAAAAUAAUGCAAAUUGCAUAAUCUAUAUACCAUAAUAAAACUCAUUCAGUCUCGGACUGAUGUGCCAAAUAUUGGCACGACUGGUCUCUGGAAAAUCAAAACUGAGAUAUAACUUUAUUUGAAAGGUACGACAAAGGAGAAAGUGAAACUGCUCUUCAACAUCUAUGAUACUGAUAAAAGCGGAACAUUGGAUCGCACAGAAAUCCGACAAAUGAUCAAGU